AUGAAAUACGUUUUGGUCACCGGAGGCGUGGUGAGCGGCCUCGGCAAGGGCGUCACGGCCAGCAGCAUCGGCGUCGUGCUGAAGGCCUGCGGUCUCCGCGUCACCUCCAUUAAAAUCGAUCCUUAUUUGAAUACAGAUGCUGGUACAAUGUCUCCUUUUGAGCAUGGGGAGGUUUUUGUUCUCGAUGAUGGUGGAGAGGUGGAUCUAGAUUUAGGUAACUAUGAGCGGUUUUUGGAUGUGAGGCUAACAAGAGACAACAAUAUUACUACAGGAAAGAUAUAUCAGUCCGUCCUUGAGAAGGAACGGAGAGGGGAUUAUCUUGGGAAGACCGUACAGGUGGUCCCGCACAUUACUGAUGCUAUUAAGAAUUGGAUUGAAUCUGUGUCUAUAAUUCCUGUGGAUGGAAAAGAAGGCCCUGCAGAUGUUUGUGUUAUUGAACUUGGAGGGACUGUUGGUGAUAUAGAGUCAAUGCCUUUCAUUGAAGCUCUGAGGCAGCUACUCUUCUCAGUUGGACAAAAUAAUUUCUGCCUGAUUCAUGUCAGCCUCAUACCCGUUCUUGGCGUUGUUGGUGAGCAAAAAACAAAACCCACACAGCAUAGUGUGCGAGAACUGAGAGCUCUAGGCUUGACUCCUCAUUUUCUGGCUUGCCGAUCGACCGAGCCGCUGUUGGAAAAUACCAGGCAGAAAUUGUCACAGUUCUGCCACGUGCCGGUUGGCAAUAUUCUUAAUAUCCAUGAUGUUCCCAACAUUUGGCACAUUCCUCUUCUGCUUCGAAAUCAAAAUGCACAUGAUGCCAUUCUAAGACAUCUGGAUUUACUGAAUGUAGCCAGUGCUCCUAAUUUGCAAGAAUGGACCGACAGAGCUGAGACUUUCGACAACCUAACAGACCCUGUACGAAUUGCAAUGGUUGGGAAGUAUGUUGGAAUGGCAGAUUCCUAUUUAUCUGUUGUGAAGGCCCUUUUGCAUGCUUGCAUAGCAUGUUCUUUGAAGCCUGCGAUUGAUUGGAUUGCAGCUUCGGAUCUUGAGGAUGAAAGCGCAAUAUCUCUUGUAGGAUUACUGUCGCGAUACGAUAAAGAAGAUAACAAAAAUUUUCAAGGGAACAUUGAGGACACUGAUGGGAUGAAAAUUCAAGUCCAUGUUAUUUUUGAAAAGAUCUGCAAUGCCAAUGUGCAUACAUCAUAUGCAAGUGGGAGACAUGUUUUGGCCCUUCACCACUUGUGA